AUGUAUGGCGGUGGAGGAAGUGGCGGUGGAGGUGGAGGAGGAGGAGGAUAUGGAGGUGGAGGUAGCGGAGGCACCGUAGAUGUUGGAAUCCUCCUUGGCGCAGGAUCUCUUGGAGGCGGAGGUGGAGGCGGUGGAUUCGGCGGUGGAGGCGUGGAUUCGGAGGGAGGAUUCGGAGGCGGUGGAUUCGGAGGGGGCGGUGGAUUCGGAGGUGGUGGCGGUGGAUUCGGCGGAGGUGGCGGUGGAUUCGGAGGCGGUGGUAGUGGAGGAGGAGGGAUCAUUUUACUUUAA